AUGCACGUAACUAAAACUCCUUUUCGCACCAGCAAGGAAAACUCUGAAUUCAACUUUAAAGGAAUUAGUGACGAUACUCCAGUGGACGAGACUGUAGAAAUUUGUUUUUAUUGUGAAGUAUUUCGUGAGCUGAACAUCCUCGUUGACAGUCAGGUGCUUGUGGGUAGAAGGGAUGCAGAUAGUAAGUACACAAUUCUGGAAGCCUACAGACGUAGAAAACACGAAGAACUCGUUGUUUCGGAGCUGGGGUACUGGGAGAGGUCAGCUGUUGUCGUCUGGAAAGCUGUCCGCGAAGUAGCGGUAAGGAGACUCGACCUGAAGCGCACAAAGGUGGUGGCAUCCAUAGUGGUCACCAACCCAGAGACGCUAAAUCACCUGAAUGAUCUUCACAACAGGCACAUCGAUACAGUCACUAAGCUCAACUACCUUCUCCUCCUGCACGCAACCGACGUUUUGAAUGCUAGCCUGGAGCUGAUAGUGGCGGACGAGUGGGGCUACGAGUCGAACGGCUCGUGGAGCGGCAUGGUGGGCAGCCUGCAGCGGUCGGAGGCGGACGUGGGCGGCACGGCGCUGUUCGUGACGGCGGACCGCAUGCGGCUCAUCGACUACAUCGCCAUGACCACGCCCUCCGUGGCGGCGUUCGUGUUCCGGCAGCCGCCGCUGUCGCUGGUGAGCAACCUGUUCACGCUGCCCUUCAGCCGCGACGUCUGGGCCUCUGCGGCAGGGCUGGUGGCGAUGUGCGCCGCUCUGCUGCUGGCCGCCACCCGCUGGGAGUGGCGCCGCGGAGACCCGCAGCUGACGGCCUACCUGCAGCAGUUCCACGCGGCCGGCGCGCAGCUGCGAGACAAGUGGGGCGAGGUCGCCAUGCUCGCUGUGGGCGCCGUCUGCCAGCAGGGUUCCCCAGCAGAGAGCCGCGGCGUGCCGGGCCGCAUCGUGACGCUGUCCCUGCUGGUGACGGUGAUGUUCCUGUACACCUCCUACUCGGCCAGCAUCGUGGUGCUGCUGCAGUCCACCACCACCUCCAUCCGGACGCUCGCCGACCUGCUCUACAGCCCGCUCGGGCUCGGCGUCCACGACAUCGUCUACAACAGGCACUUCUUCCCGGCGGCAGAUGAACCGGUGCGGCGCGCGCUGUACCGGCAGAAGGUGGCGCCGCCGGGCUCCGAACCGCGCUUCAUGACGCUGGAGGAGGGCGUGCGGCGCAUGCGCACCGAGCCGUUCGCCUUCCACUCGGAGCUGAGCCCCGCCUGGCAGCUGGUGCAGGAGACGUUCCGCGAGGAGGAGAAGUGCGGCCUGCAGGCCAUCCCCUUCCUGCAGCUCAUACACCCCUACAUCGCCGUGCAGAAGAACGGCGCCUACAAGGAGAUGUUCAAGAUAGCGUACCGGCGCAUCUGGGAGCGCGGCCUGCAGCACCGCCAGCUGUCCCGGCUGUACACGACGCGGAAGCCGCGCUGCGCCGCUGGCCGGGGCAGCAGCUUCGUGUCGGUGGGCAUCGCCGACUGCUACCCCGCGCUGCUCGUGCCCGUCUACGGCGUCGCCUUCGCCGUCGUCGCCCUCUUGCUCGAGAUACUAUUCCACCGCAGAAAAGUCAAGAAGACAACAACUGUGACCGUCAUGAACACAAGUCGUAAUGAAGAUCAUAAAACAUCGAGUUUCUCAAUACGUACAAUCCAUUGAAGGAAAGAUAUGACGUAAUUAUGAAUACUACUGUUACCUAGGUCAAAAUAUGUUUUUUGCCAUCUAACCCAAAUACGAAACAUUUGCUCAGAAUUUUUAGGAUGCUUGUUUCACGACCAACACUCAUUCUCCUGUGUUGGUUAAGCUUGUUAUUACAAUCACGGCCUUUAAUUUAAAACUGGUGUU